UUUGUGAAGGUUUUCUGGGCUGGGCAAUGGCUAUAAAGACCCCACCCCAGCCCUUGCUUCGUUAGAGGCAGAUGAGCUGUAUUAAUUAUUAACUGAGUCAGUAGCAGAAGCUGCUGUGGGUGACCAGGAGCUGCAAACCCUCCUGCUCAGCCUUGUCAAUCCCACACAGAAAGGCUUUUUCCAGGCUGGACUGAGGGACUUCGGUGCCAGAGGACUGAAAAUCAUCUCAGGGACACCAAAUUUGAGCUCUUUAGAGUGAAGAGUGGUGAGACACUGGCACAGGUUGCCCAGGGAGGUUGUGGAUGCUGCCUCCCUGGAGGUGUUGCCAGCACUGCCAGGAGCAGACACCAGCAGCAGCACUUACCUCACCCUGUGCCCACCACUGCCCAGGCCAUGAAGACAGAGAAGGAGGAGGCUGUGCCCAGCUUCUCCAUGGGGGGUAAAUAUGCUGGAGAGGGGGCAGCAGGUUCCAGAGAAGCAGCUCUGCCUGGUGGCCCAGUGCCAGGGAGUGGAGGGACCCCAGCCCAGGAGCUGCGGCCGCUGAAGCGCAGACCAGUCCCAGGGAAGCACUACCAGUGCUCGAGCUACGGCUGCAAGCUCUCCUUCUCCAGCAUGCAGGAGCUGAUGGACCACCUGAAGGUCCACUACAGACCCACGCAGUCCCUCGAGGGCAAAACCUUCCAGUGCCCCACGCUGGGCUGCACAGAGACCUUCCCCAGCAUGCAGGACCUCAUGGCCCACAUGAAGGUGCACUACAAACCAAACCGCUACUUCAAGUGCGAGAACUGCCUGCUGCGCUUCCGCACGCACCGCUCCCUCUUCAAGCACCUGCACGUCUGCUCCGACAGCGCCGGCAGCCCCGCGCCGCCCCCCCGCCCCGACAGACCUGCCCUGGAGAAGCAGCCCCCGGCCAAGCCACCCCCCGCCCCCGAGGGGCUCCCCAAACUCCCGAGCGUUCUACGACCCCCGGAGAAAGAAGCUGCAGCCCCCCCCGGCGCGGACGCUGCCCCGACGGCCCCCGGCUCGCUGCCCACCAGCCUGCCCGAGCCGCCCGGCUCGCUGGAGGCGCUGCCGCUGCCGCCGCCGCCCCCUGCGCAUCCCUUCCCGCUGCUGGAGCCCAACCUUUUCGGGCCGUCCUCCUUGACUCGCUUCUCGGGACCUCCGCCCCCGCCUCCACCGCCCCCUUCCUCGGUGCCGGGGCCGUUCCUGCCCUACGUGCACCCCUCGGCUUACAGCCUGCCCCAGCCCUCGGCUCAGCACCGCCUGCGGCCCCUGGCGCCUGCCCACGGCGCCUCCAACGCCGUCUGGAAGAAGAGCCAAGGUGUGAGCGUCAGCCCACUCCUCCCAUGCUUUGGCUCAGGAGUGACUCCAGGGCACUCCUCCAACAGCCGCAUCGUCUGGGAGCACACUCGGGGCCGCUACACCUGCAUGCAGUGUGCCUACUCCGCGGCUUCUCGCCAGGAGAUGACUCUGCACAUCGAGGAGCAUCGCAAGAACCCUUCCCAGCCCGGGCACCUGGAUGCUGAGAUGGAUUUCGGGGUGGGCCUCACCUCCUUCCACACCAAGCUGACGCCAGAGAUGGAGAACUCUCUCUACUCCCAGCUCUGAUGCCUCCCCCCCCAACCCAGCUCCCAUGGGACUGCUGCUGCACCUCCCCACCCUGAGCUGGGCAGAGGGGGUGGGGGGCACUGCCCAGCCCUGUGCCACUGUGCUGGGUGGCAAAGGGGCUUUGUUUUCUUUGCUGCCUCUUGGAUUUCUUCCCCCUCCCUUUUAUUUCUUGGAAACUCUAAGCACUUGGACCCUCACCUCUCCCUCCCCUGAAGGUUUCCUUUCAGGGAGCCCAGUAGGUUGCUCAGGACUUAGAGGACUUCUCUGGAGUGAGGGCUUGAAACAAUAAAUGGGAAUGGUACAGGAAA